GCGCUAUCUUAACAGACGCAGCUGAGCUCACAAAACAUAGACUUAGGUCUAAAUUGAUGGGAGAUGGCGCCCAGAAGGACCCACACUAAGUCACGCAAUGGCUGUGACCAGUGUAAGAAGAGACGCGUCAAGUGCGAUGAACAAGGCCCACCAUGCUCGAAUUGCAUGAGUCGCGAAUUGAAAUGCACCUACUUCAAUAUCCCGGGGGCACGCAAGGAGGCCAGUCUAUCAGCAUCGACUCCUGUCCCCGUCCAGUCUCUCCGCAAAGCCGCACCCUCAGAACCACCAACUCAUACUAGUCAACCUCUUUCCCGCCAUGGUGCAUCUCCGUUAAACUUUGCUAGUCUGCGAGAGCUCGAGCUGAUGCACAAGUUUUCCACGGAAACCUAUCAGAGCCUUUGCAACGAACCUACGGACCAUCAAGUGUGGCAGUCCGUUAUUCCACGCAAGGCUCUGGAGUACAGCUUUCUCAUGAGCGGGAUACUAGCAGUUGCAUCUCUGCACAUCGCGUCGGAGCUUGACCCUCCGGCAGCGUUGUCGUAUAUAGAUACGGCUUUAGAGUACCAUGAUCUGGCAUUUGCACCUUUCCGUCAGGCGAUUGAUAACCUGACUCCAGCCAACUGCGAUGCUGUCUUUGCUCACUCGGUCAUCACAACGGUUAUUGGCAUAGCACUGCCACAACUGGCUGCCGUCCGAGAGGAAACCCAGAGUAUGACCGAGAACAUCAUAGUUGUCUUUGAACUGCUGCAUGGAACUACUAACAUAUUCAGCAUUAGCCGUCCAUGGCUUCAAGACAAGCUGUUCACUUCCCGACGGGGCUUUUGGGAAACCCCACUGUCCAUAUUAGACAGUGAAACGGAGGCUGCCCUGGACCGACUAACCGCCCUGAACAAUGACAUGUUGGCUGGUGCCAACGCAGAGCAACACAGCAUCAUUAAAAAUGCGAUAGCCCUUCUUCGUCGCUGUUUCUGCAGAUACAACCAUAACAGAGACGUUGCUUCCAUCCUUGCUUGGGUAGCGACUGUUGAUAAAGAAUUCGUCCAGGCUCUCAGAUGCCGACAACCCCUCGCCCUACUAGUCCUUUUGCACUGGGGCGCUCUGCUACAUGAGCUUGACGGAAAGGUGUGGUGGGCGAAUAAUUCCGGGAGAGCCUUGGUAUCGGAGCUACAGAACGCUCUUCGUCCCUGCGAUGUGCGAUGGGAAGGCGCUUUGCAGUGGCCAAAACGAAAAUUAGGUCUUUGA